UGAAUUGCAUUCAGUGAGAACGGUUCCGUUCUAAUCGUUGUCUAAAUCAACUAGGUAGAAAUAGACAGGCGGAAACAUGUAUUGGUUGUUAUGGAAACCCACGUUGUUUAUUGACAGCAUAUUACGAAUAAAUAGUCGCGCGUUUAUACUUGUGUCAAUGACAUGUACUUAUGUUUGUAUUGAAGAACAUUCUUAUUCAUUAUUUGAGAACUUAUAGAUUUAUUGAUGCUUAUCCAGUUCAAAGGAAAACUAAAUAAAUUUUGGUUUUCUAAUGGUUAAAUUGAUGAGUUGUGUUAGCUGGCAGAAAUGUGGACAAUUGCUGCAGCCAACAAAAGAUUACAAGGACCGUUGGGAUCAUAUAAUGGCUUGACAGAUAUUCAUUUAGCUCAUUAUUUUUCUAGUCCAGCAAAGUUAUCGCAUCUCAAGGAAGCAAAUUUGAUCACUGAAGAUGGUGCUAUCAUUCCAAAACAAACAUACAAAGUAGAGACCCUGAAGCACGAGAGAAAAAAACAUCUUUAUGACUUUCUAGCUCGAAAUAUCAUACAAAAUGCUGCUCUUGAUGAAAGCUGUUGUAAUAAAAAACUUUUCAACUACCUAGAAGAUAUUUCGAAGAUGCAAUUAGUUGAGAAUACUAAAGUAGAUAAAAAGAAGUACGGUAGAAAUCUAUCUCUUUCUUUGAAUAAAAUGAAAGCUACAAUUGUUCCUAGUCAUCUUAGUAGAAUGCCAGAUAAUGCAAAAAGUGUACACAAAAAGUAUGACGGAUUUCAACUACCUAGGUCUGCACUUUCAUUUGCUGAAUAUUCUCGGAAAAAUGGCAUUUUUCCUCAAUCAAAUAUUUCUAAAGCAAAGAGGUGCUAUUCUGCAAAAGAUUCAUCUCCUUAUACUCUUCCCAUGUUUUGGUGUAGCUAUAAAAAUCAAGCUCCUUUUUCUGUUCACACUGGAGUCAACUUCAUAAAAAGAAAGAAGCGUAAAAAACUCCACUCAAAUUUAGGGCCUGAACUUAAGUCAACAAACUUCACAAAUAAGGUAUCCUCAUCUGUAAAGAAUAUAAAUUUGGAUCAGUGCAAAGUAACUUUAUUUUAUCAUGGACAUGGAGUUGUAAAUUUUCAAAAUUUCUUUAGAAAAGAAAUAGUUAUUAAGCAACAACAUUGUGGUGGUACAUCUGUCACUGUAUUUAAAGGAGAUAUUGCACCAAAUGAGACGAUUACUUUCACAUCUUUAACUCAUGAUGGUUUUCCGUUUAGUGUGACCAUAUUUCUUGAUGGAAUUCGUGACUUAAAACUGAGUUCCUGCUGCGUUUUUCGAUACAUGUUAAGAAAGCGCCUAGGAGGUUUAAGUGGCAAUUUUUCUAUUGAUAACAUUGCUGGUGGAAAGAAAUGUUUAAAAUGCCAAUAUCUUGAAAUUAUGAAAUCCUCCAAGAUUGUAAAGACAAUAGAUGAGACUAUUGAUGACAUUCAACAGGAAAAAUCCAUCGAAGAAAAGUUAGAAAGUACUAAGGAAGUUAUUCAUGAUAUUGAAAAUAGUUCAUCACAGUUAGAUGGCUCUAAUAUCUCAAUAAGGUCAGAAACUAGUGUUAAAUUUGAUGAAGAUAUUGAAGAAAAUUUGUCUGUAAGAUCUGACAUACAGAACUCUGUGUCAGAAGCCCUGAUUCCUGAAGAGCAUGAAGUAAAAGAAACUGAUGUUAGUGUUGCUGAGGAAUCAAAUUCUGACUCAGAACCAUCCAUUAUUUCAUCAGAAGACUCUGCUUCUGAUGAUAUUAAGCAAGGAAAUUUUAAAACAAAUAGUUAUCAAUCAGAGAAUUCUUCAGAAGAUGAAAAUGGAAAAGAACAUGUAAUUUUGGCAUCUGUUCAUAAUUUACCCAUAUGAAAAUGGGGUAACAUAUGUGAUACAAUAAAGCCUUUAAACUAA